ACGGACUGGACGACGAGUCCAAGCAGGAUGGGUUUCGCAUGUACUCUGUGUGCUGGCUGGGGCCUCUUUCGGUGGCCCCGCCGAUUGAUCUCACGAACAGCACUUGUCUCUUCGAUCUUGGUUAACAGAAAUCGAGAAACAAGGAAUAAAAACACGAAAGGGACUGAAUUUAGCUAUCCUCUCAACGAAAAGGUUCCCCUAGAGAACCUGAAUACUCCGCGGAUGAACUAUGAUCGUGGCGAGAUUAUCACCGACUGCAGACAGAGAAUCAGACGCUUUCUGUUGCUACCAGUGCAACUCAGUCGCCCCCAAUACUUCCAACAUUUCUCAGAUAGACGCAGAGGCUACCAUGUCCUCUCAAUUGCUAUCAGAUGA